AUGCAUCCAUCUACAACAAUCACAACUAGUGAAAUGCCAUUAACAUCGUCGGGAUUUGUUCGCGGUGGUUCGAAUCCCAAUUUAGCUAUGAAUCAACAUGUCGCUGCACAAAGUCUAGCUCGAUCUAGUUCGAAUUAUCAUUUUUCCUAUCCUGACCUUGCAUCAGCCUCUGCAGCAUCAUUGAAUUACAUUGAUCUACUUCGUACUUUGAAUUAUCAACGAUUUUUUGGGCCAACAGUGACGAAUGAUCAAUUGUCAGAUAAUUCACCGACUGAUUAUCAUCCACGGAAUGGAUCAUUUCAUCAAUAUUGUCCUCGUUUAUUACCCAAACCUUCGCAUCAACAAAUCGAUGAUGAAAUCUUUCUAAAUAAAUUUCAUCAUGAAACAAUAGUUAAUUUAGAUUCAGGUGAACCGAAGAAUAUUCAACAAUUGACGACCAACGAUUUUCUAACAAGUGCUAAACGAAAUCAACAAUACUCAAGUAUUCUAGCACGGGUGGAACACAUCGGCACGAUAGAUAAAACAACUGGUAAAACAGAAUUACGUUUUUCAAUCGAUGAAAUUGACAAAACAAUAACUUAUCAUGUGCUACCCGAAAUGCCGUUUUUUGUUCACCAACAUUCGUGCUGGUCAUCGAUAUCUCCUGAACAUACAUAUCAUCGAUGUGGUUUAAAGUGUCGACAAUUAGAAUGUGGUGAUAUUAUUAUCGCUGUGACCGAACAGCAAAAAGUUUCGCCAACAAAAAUAAGUGAUAAACCAGAUUACAGUCAAUUGUCACCCACGAAGUGUUUGGUCGGAAGGUAUAUCAACGGACAAAUGUCGGCUUCUGCCACAGCAACAUCAAAUAAACGUCACAAAAUAUCUAAUGAAUAG